AUGGUAAGAUCCGACGAUCCUUCUUCACCAAAGCGUCAGAAGACGGAGGACGGGAGGAGGAAACGACCUGCUAUAACGGCCGUCCGGAGGAUUUCGAUUCCGACGAGUGCUCCGACGAGGAGAUGCACCUGUUCGACCAAGAGUUGGAUAGGAUCGGCGGGGUUGGGUUUUGAAAUCGACUUCAAGAAAUUCCGCUACUGUUUUGGUUGGAGACCACUGGAUCUGGAUGAUAGUACAAUGGUUGAUGAGCCUGAAACCAACAGAGAUUUCAUCGCUACGUUGGUGAACAUGGCUCUUACCAAGCAUAACGAAGAAAGAGGAGCAAGCUUGGAACUGGGAAAGGUUUUGAUUGCCAACUUUCAUCCAUCUUGUGCAGUCACUUUCUACAUCUCAUUCCAGGUCAAUGAUCCUUCAGAUGGUAAUCAGACAAAACCCUAUCGAGCUGUGGUUCGCUACUUCCCAGGAGAUAUUGAAGUAGUCUCUUGCUAUCCAAAAAUUUGAAUGAUGUGAUAGAGGUUUCGUAGCAAUCCACCAGUCUCCUCCUUAUGUCUCAUGGAUUUAAAGAUUGAAAAAUUGUUUGUUUAUGCCUAUUACCUCAAAG